AUGAAGCAAAUGGAUUGUUUUAAUAAGCCGGAGUACUAUCCUGUGCCGUCGGAGACUGUGAUUUCAUACGCCAGAGGGGAUGGAAAUAGUGGUGGUAGAAAACAGGUUUUGAAAGCGGAUCUUUUAGCGCUGAUAGUGUUCCUUACGUCUCCGGAGGAUGCCGUUGAUUAUACCGCGAUUUCAGAUUUCUUCCUGAUCUACAGGAACUUCAUCUCGCCAAUGGAGUUGUCAGAUCUGCUGAUCCUGAGACUCCGCUGGUGUAUGAGUGAGAGCAGCUCGCCGAACGGGGAAAGGCGAAAGAUCGGUAAGAUUACGCUGGUGCGAACGUUUGUGUUGUUGAGGCACUGGAUAUUGAAUUAUUAUGUUCAAAAUUUCCUUCCUGAUGUGAAUCUGCGGCUUCGUGUAAUCAAAUUCUUGAACGAACCGUGCGAGUCAUAUCCUAGCAUUGUUAAGAGCAUAAUUGUUAAUCUCAAGAAAGCGUGGGUCCGUUGCUCAAGGCGAGUAUGGACAAAUCUGGCCCUUGAUGAACCUGCUUCCGUGGGACAGGACGACAGGUGGGCAUUAUAUGAGAUAAAGGAUUAUACACAGUUGGAAGAACUGCGAAAGAGGGGCAGUCGGCUGAGCACUUACGCCAAAAAUGGAAGCUCGAGCCCGAACUUCCGCAAUCAGAGCGUGCUUUCGCUUUUCAAGGAAUCGGAUGUCUUUAAGAUUCCAGACUCUGUCGGAGCAACUUCACGAACAGCUUCCAUGGUACUUUUUCCGUGCGACAACUCUAACGUCAAGACAGGGUUUUGCUUGGAGGGUGAGGAUAAAUUCGGCAAUGAGCAGAAUAACGCCAAAGCUACUCACUCUGAGCAUAAACGUAUGGUAAGCAAUCUUUCGAAGAUGACCAAUGUGUCGGGGAUGCUCAGAGACGUUAAGGAAUCUGUAUCACCUAACCUGGACCAGCUAAUACCGCCAACUCCCGCAAAGAAGGUCGAACUUAUCCUCAAAUUGCCUGAAGAUAUAGGCUCCGACAGCGAGGGAAAGGAGAUCAAAAGGAAUGGCGGCAAAGUCCCAGCGGUAGAAAACUCUUCUAUUGAGAAACAUCGUGGACCAAUGGCAUUGCUAUCAAAAUGGAAAAAUAAUCACUCAAGAACAGCGAAGUUGCGAGCUGGUGCGGCAUCCUCAGUUUCCAACAGUUUUGCGAAACCGGAAAUGGAUAAUUUUGUGAAGUAUGUCAUCUCCAUCACCUCUUUGGAAACGAAGGCCCAAGAGCUUGAGGAUCCCCAAAGUCUUGUCAGCUCUAAAUUCGACAUCUUGAGUGCUAGAACGAUAGAGGAAGUUGAAUUCCUGGUUUCGCUGGAAAAUGAUCUCAUUUCCCAGGUGCGCGGUUCAGUUGAGCCGCAUGCCGAUGCACCAGCUAAUGAUUUGGUCAAGAUUGAUGACGAAGAGUCCGUGGAAACUCAGGGUUUUAGUGCCGUGGAUAACUUGAACUUGUAUCAAACCGUUAGCUCCAUUGCAAACUCUGUCGUUUCGUUGUCGAACAACCUAAAUCGACCUUCCAAAGUGCCUAACGGAGCUGUUUCUCCGUCUUCUGCUGCGUUAGAAAGACGAAAGGUUCAGAGUUCAAUGGCAGCCAUUUUACGCUCAAACUCUAAAUUCAGUUUUGUGAGUAGAAAUAAUAGCAUGAAAGAAUCAUCAAACGAGCCAACGGAUGGACCGCAGAGAUUAGUGUUUCAUGAUUCCGAAUCGGUAGACCGAGGAAAGGGUGAUAAUGAGACCUCUUCUGAGGCGGCCCCUCAGCUGACUAUGUUGAAAAAGAGGUACUCACAGUCACCGACUCGGACCUCACCGCUGCGCAAUAACUUGCCUAGUUUAGCAGAGGAUCACUUGACUAGUAGUAUGCAUGGCGGCAUGACUAGAGGUUCAAGCUAUUCUUCCAUAACAUAUGAUUCAGAUUUGUCUAUGUCGUCUCGGGCUUCUCCAGGUGACAGACACAUUGAGAAUGACAAUCAAAGUAUAAAUGCACUAAAACGGAAGGGAGCUCGAAAUAACUUACGUGAGUUUACAUUUGAAAGCCAAAAAAGGAAGUCGAUGCAAGAUAUAGAAUCUGCUUCGUCUUUCGUAACCACGAGAGAGUCUAUCGAUGGAGCAACUCCUCUCAGUCAAAAACCGCCGGACAAGGUAGCACGGCCUGCAAGCGGGCGUAUAAGCAUAAUGAGGAAACCCACUAUAGCCAAAAGUCCACUUCGAAGCAUUCAACAAUCCCAGAAGGAAGAUCUAGAUUUCUUGCUGAGAGAUAAGGAGCUGAUGCAGAAUGAAUUGGAGGUUGCUCUAUUGCAGAAGAAGACGGCAUCAAUCACCGCCAGCGUUGACACCGGCGUGCUGUUUGUUUCUCAAAAUAACAGUCCAAAAAAGCUACCACAACAGGAAGCGCUGUGUAUCAGGCUGUCUACUACACCUAGCAUACAAUCAAUAACUGACAAGAGCCCUGUGUUAGUGAGAACUACGAUGGAUAACACAGAAGGCUCGAGCGAAACGCAGGAUCCUAAUGAGGGUCUCAAGAAUGAGCUCCACAGGCUUAAUCUACAGACGUCAGCAGAUUCGUCUUUGGGUUAUCCCGAGUUUGAGGAAUCUGUUUCACUUUCUGAUGCCGCAAAAUCUUCAGGACUGAAGAACAAAUAUUUAUUCUCACCCGACAACGAUAGUGUAGACAUUGCUUCUCCUGCUAAAAACGUAGAAGAGCUAAAGGAUAAAUUUUUAAACAAAGAUGAAAAGGAAGAUACUUCAGAGUCGCCAUCGCAAACGGACGCAACCAGUACAAACGGUUUAGCUGAUGAUGCCGAAAAACUUAUAGCCGAGUUUAAAAACAAGGCGAUGCAGGAAGAGAAUAUUCUUAACAUUGUGAGUCUGCCUGACGAUUCAGUUCAUGAUGACCCGGUCAACGUUGCUCUAAUGAAGCUUGAGGGCACCUAUAAGAAGGGUUCGGAUGACAAAUCGGGUAGCGAGCAGGAAAGUAGGUCAUCUUCUGUUUUGGCCGAAGAGGUGGAUAUGCUAGGCAUCGCUGAUCUAUCUGUCCCACAAAUCGAUCCGAGUGAUAGGCGCAGAUCAUUGCUUAUUGAGAAAAGAAGGCAAACUAUCAUGAACAUUCCAUUCACUCCUGAUACUGAGAAAGAUGCAGAAAGAGUUAACGAGAAAUCAUUACGCAUGGAUGCGAAACAACUCCUACAGGGGUACCAGCUAAAGGAUCCCAGUCUGCUGAUAGCCAACAACGAUCUACAUGUCUCGUUCAUUUUGAUGUACGAUUCGCUGUCAAUAGCGCAACAAAUGACACUUAUCGAGAGAGAGCUCCUAAGCGAGAUUGAUUGGAAUGAGCUGUUGAAUCUGAAACUAGCAGGCUCUGCGCCGCGGGCUACGAGCUGGCUGCAGCUUCUUGUUCAGAACGAGUCGCUCUCCGGCAUAAAUCUAGCAAUCGCAAGGUUCAAUUUGAUGGUUGAUUGGAUAGUGUCCGAAAUUGUGCUAACUGCAGAUGUUAAACUCAAGAGAAAUACGAUACAGAGAUUCAUACAUGUUGCGGAACAUUGCCGGCUUUUCCAAAACUAUAACACAAUGAUGGAGAUCGUCCUAGCGCUCGGUUCUACUACCGUUCAAAAGUUUUCCGAAGCCUGGAGGUUAAUCGAGCCUGGCGAUUUGAUAACUUGGGAAGAGUUGAAAGUAAUACCAUCCCUGGAUAGAAAUUACUCCACCAUCAGAAAACUGCUGAAUGAUGUUGAUCCGUUAAAAGGUUGCGUCCCCUUCAUAGUCCUCUACCUUUCUGAUAUUUCCCUUAACUCAGAGAAGAAGAGCUGGUUUGUGGAGAACCAAGUAGUUAACUACAAUAAGUUCGACACCAACGUACAGAUGGUCAAAAACUUCAUUCAGAGGGUGCAGUGGUCCAGAUACUACGAUUUUCCCGUGAACCACGAGCUAUUAAGCAAAUGCGUCUAUUUGACAGCCCUUACCCAAGAGGAGAUCACUCAAUUGACCCGCUAA